AUGGUCCCGCUCCUGCCGGUCACCCUUGGUUGCAUCAGCCUCCUCUACCUGCAGCUGCCAGGCACACUGUCCCUAGGGCUGGGCAGGAACCGGCUGCCCGCACGACCCAGGGAGCCCCCAGGCCAGACUUCUUCCAGUGCUGUGCAGCCCCAGCACCCCGCACCCCGGCCUGCAGUCUGGAAGCUGCACCCGGCUCUCCAGCCACAGAGAAGUGCCAGGCUGGCCCCUGAUCUGGGCCAGCCUCGCCGAAAUGGCCCCCGCCGACAUUUGGGUCCCCGGAGGCCUCGAGCCCAGCUCCUGCGUGUGGGCUGUGUGCUGGGCACCUGCCAGGUGCAGAACCUCAGCCACCGCCUUUGGCAGCUUGUCGGGUCCGCUGGCCCACGGGACACAGUCCCUGUGGACCCCAGCAGCCCCCACAGCUAUGGCUGA